UUUCUAUAGGAAACAUUUGUCGCUCUCCAAUAGCUGAAGCAGUUUUUAGAAAACUUGUAACUGAUGAAAAGGUUGAAAAUAAGUGGAGGAUAGACAGUGCAGCGACAUCUACCUAUGAAAUAGGAAGCCCUCCUGACUAUCGAGGACAGACUUGCAUGAAGAAGCAUGGCAUUACCAUGAAUCAUAUUGCCAGGCAGGUUACUAAAGAUGAUUUCCAGACCUUUGAUUAUAUACUUUGUAUGGAUGAGAGCAAUCUAAGAGAUCUGAAAAGGAAAAGCAACCAAGUUAAAGACUGCAAGGCCAAAAUUGAACUACUUGGAACUUAUGAUCCACAGAAACAACUUAUUAUUGAAGAUCCGUACUAUGGGAGUGAAAAGGACUUUGAAACUGUUUACGAGCAGUGUCUUAGAUGCUGUAAAGCAUUUUUGGAGAAGUCUCAUUAAUGCUUCAUCAUUUUAUUUCUAAAAGAAAAUAAUUAGCGUCCCCUGAAAUAUGUAAGGUUUACUUGAUUGAUGUAUUUAAAUUGUAAAAUUAUGCCUCAGUAGGUUCAAAACUUUUUCAGUUUAAUUUUAUAUUUCAGCUUUUGUGUCAUCUGAUUAACAAAUACAGGAAAGUUGUAACUGGAUUAGAUGAUCAACCAUUUUGUCAUACAUCGAUGUAAUAAUAAAGUAUAUGCCAUUCAGAAUAAAUGUAUCUGUAAACUCUUCCAGUGCUUUCUUGCAAGCACU